UUUCAGAUGAAAGGCAAAUCUGCUGGCUGCAAUGUUCAAGAAAAUCAGGUCGAGAGUUUAACUCAGAAGACAGCAGGACUGCAGCUAAUCAACAGGAAAAGGGCAAUCACUGACUUGACAGAAAACAGCUUUCAUCACGAAGAGAGCACCACCUCUCCGGAUAAACGUUUGUACUCCAAACGUCUGGCAAAGCGAGCUUUAGAAAGAAUGGGAGCACCACCUCCAGCUGAUUGUACUCAUGACUCAGAACUGAUCGAGAUGGACAGUCAACCAAAACGACGUAAACAAAGCAUCAGUAAGAAAGCAAUUCGAGUGUGACUGUUGUGAGACGACAUACCAUUGAAGGUGAUAGAGUG